AUGGAGGUGACUCUGUCGCUCGGCUACCGUUAUCUGUGGAUCGACAUGUUCUGUGUCAACCAGAAUGACGAACGAGACAAGGCCCAGCAGGUUGGAAACAUGGACUUGAUUUAUAAGUCACCAUCGCAGCCGCUUGUGAGCCUGAAAAUGGCCUUGUCGGCAAUCAGAGUGGAAUACGAGGACUGGGACUUUUCAGGAAGCUUUGCUAUCUCGACGCUGGCUCGUCUUCCCUAUGCGGCAGGCAAUUGUCAAAAGCAUCAGGAAAUAUCAGCGGGCGACCUCAGAGCUUUUGAACAUGCAGGAUACGUCUCGGCUGCGCGGAUCCUGAUGGGUCGGAAACCAGCCUACUCGGGUCGAAGCAUUCGACCAGUCCAAGCUGCUGGCAAACUAUACGGCCAUCCUGCGACUUAUCCGACACUAUAAGGCCAGGUAGAUGACGGACGACUCGGAUUCGCUGCGCGCAUUCCAUAGCGCAUCUCGGCUCCAGUUGAUUACAUCCAAGGACUGCUCGUCCUUCCCUCAGUAGUUGGUUUUAACCCUGACUGAGACGAGCGCAAACUAUACUUGAGCUUCUCUCUCAGCUGGCACCAUCUCAAUCGAUGGAUGGCUACCGCUCGGAGGGCAGUUCCAUCUUAGUCCUGGACAGGUUGGGCAGGAGCAGUCCAGUACCCAGAUGUGGACUUCCGCCGGUCCAAGUUAUGAUGACAACUCUCGCAGCAGCAGCAGCAGCAGCCGUAUGCGGUGGGUAUCAUACCUCCAGAACUUCACGCUACACAAUGGCCAGUUAGCCACACCCCGGUGUCCUUCAACUCGCGGUCUGCUUUCUCCGCUGUUCCACCAAGGACAGGGCACCACGAAUACCAAUCAAGGCGAAGCCAAAUCAAGUUCUAAGCCCGUAUCGUACCAUCCGGUUACUUCACC